UUUACUUCCUCUUACAAUUACCAAAAAGACUAUGGUUGCAUCUUCCUUUCUCUCUGCAACCACAUCACCCGAUCUGCUCGCUCCCCUUUUCCGGGUAACCUCUUUUCUUUGCUUCUCUUUUUGAUUUUGCUGACAGCAUCAGAGCAUACCCACCAUGUCUGGCUUGUAUAAUCCCAACUUCUCACCCGCAAGAGCAGCUUCUCCUCAGAUUAGAAGCAUCCCUGAUGUUGAUAGCCCCUACUUGUCUGAGUUGUUAGCGGAGCACCAAAAGCUCGGGCCUUUCAUGCAGGUGCUUCCCAUAUGCAGCCGACUGUUAAAUCAAGAGAUAUUUCGGGUUUCUGGAAUGAUGUCCAAUCAAGGGUUUACCGAUUUUGAUAGACUGCGGCACCGAAGUCCUAGUCCAAUGGCUUCACCAAAUAUAAUGUCUCAUGUUCCUGGUACUGGGUUAGGUGGUUGGAAUGGCCUUCCACCAGAGAGAUUAGGUGGACCAACUGGAAUGGCAAUGGAGUGGCAAGGUGCACCGGCCAGCCCAAGUUCAUACACGGUGAAGCGCAUCUUACGUUUGGAUAUUCCAGUUGAAACAUAUCCAAAUUUCAAUUUUGUUGGAAGGCUUCUGGGCCCUAGAGGCAACUCUCUGAAGCGAGUGGAAGCCACUACAGGUUGUCGUGUGUACAUUAGAGGAAAAGGGUCAAUUAAGGAUCCUGACAAAGAAGAGAAGCUAAGGGGGAAGCCAGGCUAUGAGCAUCUCAAUGAUCAGCUGCACAUCCUAAUCGAGGCUGAUCUUCCUGCCAAUGUUGUGGAUAUUAGAUUGCGGCAGGCACAAGAAAUUAUCGAGGAGUUGCUCAAGCCUGUGGAUGAGCCACAGGACUACAUCAAGAGGCAGCAACUGCGGGAACUUGCGAUACUGAAUUCAAACUUGAGAGAAGACAGUCCAGGGCCCAGUGGCAGUGUAUCUCCUUUCAAUUCAAAUGCAAUGAAACGCCCUAAAACGGGACGCUAAGAGAUUGAUGUACCUGUAAGGAGGGAGGGUACACAUAUAUAUAUGAGUUGGUUCCUGUGCUACCCUCUUAUUAUGAUCCAUACCGAUUCAGCACAAAGUACAAGGGUCGCCCAACAGUUCAUGCCGGUGAGCUUUUUCUGCUGGGUUGUGUUUCUCAUGUUUUCCCUCUAUUCAGGGGGGAGAAUACAAGGCAGACAACGUAAAAUAAAAUUGAAAAAAAUAGUUAGAUGUUUUUGUGUAGGUUUGAUGUAUUUUUAAGCCACAGAGAUACAUUCUUUGGAUUAUUUUUUUGUUCUGGAGGGGCGUGGAAAUGUAUACAGAGAUGAAGGCCGCCAUGGAUAUGGGAUCCUUGGUCGGCUGUGUAUGUAAAAUCACACUCUGCAUUUUAAUACUAAAAUUAGCCACCAGUGUUUUA